UUUUGCAAAUGAUAUAACUCCGGUAAAUUUUAUUUCAUAAAAAAAUACUUUAACUUUUUGAAUUUUCAUUCAAAUGGCUGGUUAAUGAAGUAAAUCUUAAUUUUUGGUCUCCAAAAGCGUGUGCCAGAGAAUAAUCCAAUCCGAUUAGUCUUUCGAAAGUUAUCCGGUAUACAGACGGUAUACAGCUCAUUUUUGAGAGCAUUGAAUUAUUUUAAAAGAAAGAACUUCAGCUUUGGCAUAAUCAAAGAGAACAUAAUCAUAAAAAAAGAGAACUCAAAAUUUUGACUGGUAGUGUCGAACAAAGAUAUAUAUCAGCUUUGUAAUAAUUUAGGUUAAAUAUUAUUUAGAGCUAUUUUUUUUAUAACUAAUACGAGUCAUUUUCCGGGAAAUAAGAUGGGGAGGGAAUCAUAUAGACAAACAUUAUCUCGUUUACAUAAUAGACGUCAGUCUAUUUCCAUUUGCAUCCAGUACUCGUAAGUACGAGAAGCGCGAGCAAUUUGUUUCAACAUACCACGUGAAUUCAUUAUCAAGUUAGUAGCUAUUGAAAAAUGUCUUAACACAUUUGAUACAUGUUUUUACGUUACUUACUUCAUACAAGGCAGUUCGCGAACGCAGAAUGUUGCAAGCUGAGUAAUUCAUCAUUACAUUCCUGCAAUGUGCUUUACUUAUGCUGCUUGCAAGCUACACUUUUUAUAUUAAAAGUUCAAAAUUGAGUUUAAUCUAUCAAAAAUUAAUUAAGUUUGAAUUCGCAAAAUGCAAAUCUCUAUUGUAACCCAACUACUUACUUACGUAAGUAAUAUUCUACUGUCGAGUGUUCCUCAAGAUAUAAACAACCAAAUUAGACAAAUUAUAACUGAUGACGGUUACCCGUUUGAGGAGUAUAACUUGAAAACGCAGGAUGGUUACUUUCUUACAAUUCAUCGUAUACCGGGCGGGAAAGGAGAAAAAAUUGAUCAAAGCCAUCGAAAUAAGCCUAUUGCUUACCUCGUCCAUGCCCUCACACAAAGUUCCAUAGACUGGGUUUGUGUUGGACGAAAUGUAUCAUUAGCUUAUCUGCUCGCUGACAAGGGAUUUGAUGUGUGGUUGGGAAAUAAUCGAGGAACCAUUUUUGCCCAAAAGCACCAAACUUACUCCACGACAAGUUCCAGUUUCUGGAACUUUAGUUGGCACGAAAGUGGUGUUAUCGACAUUCCCGAUACAAUAGAUUUUAUUUUGAAUCAGACUGGAAAAAGUGAACUUUUUUAUGUAUGCUAUUCCCAAUCAUGUACCGAGUUACUUGUCAUGGGGUCUCUAAAACCCGAAUACAGUAAAAAAAUAACUUUAGCUCUGAACAUGGCACCACCUGCUCUUUUUGGGCAUAUAAAAGGACUUGCAUGGCUGCCAUUAUGGGUUCUGGGUCGUUUUAUCUCAGGGAUCUUUGAUAUUGUAGGUCACUUCGGCUUCACAAUGUUCCCUUUCUGGGUAUAUAUGUUAACCUCCAUUUUCGAACAUAGAAUAUCAACAUUUCUCGUGUUUAUUCUUAUAUAUUCAAUUUUUGGAAUCGACGAAAAUGGUGCAGAUUUGGAAGUUGUAAGAAGAGAAAUUGUAUACAUUCCUGGAGGAAUUUCUACCAAACUAAUUACUCAUUAUAGUUUUGGUGUCAGUAACCCAGGUACUUUUCGUCAAUAUGAUUAUGGAAAAAGUGGAAAUAUGGGAAUAUAUAACUCAACAUAUCCUCCAGAGUAUCCCCUGGAGAAUGUGAUGGUGCCUAUAGCCAUUUUUCAAGGGCUUCAAGAUUACUUAGCUUCUCCAGAAGAUGUUGAGAUACUAGUAAAAAAACUUCCUAAUGUUGUCUGUAGAAAAAAAUUCAAGGAAUUGAGCCACGCUAGUUUUUCUUGGACCAGAGGAGUAAGAAAACUUGUUUAUGAGAAAAUUGCAGAUUUAUUCAUCAAUUACGGAAGAAAUGAUACUUGUUGCUUCUAACAAGUUUAAUUAAAAUAAUUUGUUUUAUGUUACUCUAAAACCAUUAAAAAACCACCCCUUUUAUAUUUAUCACCUACAUGUUUUAUUUAAUAUUUUGAUUAAUUGAUUUUUUUAUUUACGCGAAGAAAAAAAGUAUGAGAAACUCUGCCAAACUCAGUUGGGUAAACUCGGAACGUAUGGGCACUUCAUAAAUUAUUAUUUCCACAAUAAUAAUGAUAAUAAUAAUGUAGCAUAAUGAAAACAUUCAUUAAAAGAUUCAUUUUAUAAGAUAUAUAUUUUUUGGAACAUGUAUUUUUUAAAUACCACUUUAAGUCCUAGUCAUUUUUCACUAUUUAUUUAAAUAAUUACUUGAUUAUAAUAUUAUAUGAGUAAGGUCUGAAAAUUAUAUUAAAGCCUUAAUUAAUGUGAUUGAAAACUUUAGAGAAUUGUAAAGAAUUCUAAAGACGAUAAGACAUGUUUUCAACAAAAUGACACUUGCAUGGUUAUCACAUGUUGUUAUUUUCAUAUUUGUGUUUUUGCAUCUGCUUUGAGCAAGAUGCGUAAUUUGCAUUCCAUUUUAAUGUAGAAAAGCUUAUUCCAUUUCUUUCAAGUUUCGUGACAAUUAUAUUCGUCACGUUUUCAUGGUAAUUAUUUGAUUGAGAAAUAAUACGUAAACUUAUUUUUAUUUAGUCAUAUCUCGAAAAAACAGUUUACUGUUACCGAUAGCGGUGUUCAAGGGGCGAAAAUCUUUAUUGAUUUAUUAAUUAUUCAGGAGAGAGCUGACAGCCUGUUUUUGGGGGCGACAUCGAUCUUGUGAUUAACGUUUGUUUUUGGAUUUAUUUGCCCAGGUAAGAAGGGGCGAAGGUUCGGAUGAAUUAAUAAAGGAGAAUAUGUUCUCGAUUCAUUGUUCAAGUAUGGUUGUAACGAAGUGGAGUUAGAUCAGAUUUAAGCUUAUUUUAUAGUGACGUUAUUGUAUUAGGGUUGUGUUUCAUUGGUGAUAUGAUAGAAUUGACAUUCUGCGGGAUGUUAUUUUGUUUUGACUGAGAUUGUGUUUUCACUUAUUCAGUGGCCUAAUUCUGUUGCGUCGACUGUUGACGUUGCGGUUGAGUUGGUUACAGAACUGUAUGUGACCCUGGAAUUGAAAGGCGAAAAGAUCCCGACCUUCAAGGAAUACUCUGGUAAAUAAAAGUGUGAAAACAGGGUUGUGCUCGCCGAGUGUCUUACCAAUUGUAAAGUGUGAUAACUAAAUUUUUUUGUAAAAGUUCAUUGCAAAUA